GGGAUGUUGAUGAAUAGAGGGGCGUGCUGGAUCUGAUCCUGCGAUCCAUCUGUCAAUAUUCAGUCUGUACAGUCUUCACGAUGGCACAGUCAGAGAAGAUGAAAGUCUGUGUAGUGGGAGCAGGUGCAUCAGGCAUGUCGGCAGCGUAUGCGAUGUCCAGACAUCCCGAACGAUUUCAAGUGACCGUUCUCGACAAGGAGAAAGAAGCGGGAGGCAUGGCCACAUCGAUCAAGAUCGAUGCGGACAAGUACGGUGCAGGAUACAUCAACGAUGGAGUUCAGGGAUGCAGUCCUCAAUUUUACAAUUCGAUUCGAAUGUUUGACAUUCUCGGAUACAAGCCAACGCCAGUAGGCAUGCAAGUGUCAUUCGGCAAGGACAAAUACUACUGGUCCAAUGUUUACCCAACCCAACUUUCAAGAUCAUUCGAGAAGGAUAUCAAAAAAUUUGGAAGAGUCCUUAAGAUCAUCAAAUUCUUCGAGGUCAUUUUCGCCUUCAUUCCUGUCAACACCAUGCUUAGAAUCUUCCGAUUCUCCCCCGAGUUCGGCGAGCGUAUGAUCUACCCUCUAGUGGCUUUGUUCUUUGGGACCGGGAACCAGACUCCAUUCAUCUCUAGCGCCAUUCUUGAGCGUGUGUUCUUGGACCCCAGCAUGAAAUUGUUCGAAUUCGACGAAAAGUCCCUGCUCGCAAGUAUUCCCACCAUGUACGGCUUUCCAAAUCUCCAUGAUACAUACGCAACGUGGCAAGAGAAGAACGAAGAGAACGGUAACGUCGAGUAUAAGAUCGGGUACGAAGUCACCGCAAUCAAGGAAAGGUCAAAGAAAGGUGUCGUCGUCGAAUGGAAAAAGCCCGAUGGCAAGCUGGAAGAAGGCCGAUUCGAUGAGUUGAUCCUUGCUUGUGAUGCCGACACUGCCCUCAAGCUCUUGGGCAAGAAUGCUACGUGGCGUGAGCGCAAAGUCCUCGGAAACGUCUUGUAUCUAAACGAUGUCACCAUUACGCACAAUGAUUUGGCCUACAUGGAAAAACACUACGAGACACGUUACCGACCCGAGCUCAAUGCCAAGUCACAAGGUAAGGACGACGACGAAGCAUUCGACUUCGCGGAGAAGAAUUUCAGGCCGCUCUACUACAUCAAGGAGUAUGAGCAGGAUCGAGCCAAGAUUGAAAUGAGUUUCGAUCUCACUCACUAUCAGCCACAAUUCCGAGGUAUGCCUCCGACUGGUCCGCCUCGAACCGAGUCUUCCGAUCGAGACCCCACGGACCCCUCGGAUCCGGCACACGAUACCACUGGGGACGCCGCUCGCAAAGGCUCAGAUCCGGAUGGCAAGAAAGAGGCCAAGAUCGAAGAUCAUGUUUUCCAGACUAUCUUCCUGGACAAAGAAGGAAGUAAAGAUCUUUGGACCGAGAAGGAAAUUGCACAGGACAAGCGUAUCUAUGAGAAAUGGUGGAAACAGCAGUCACAUAGAGCCCAGCAUUACUACAAGGUCGUCCCGUGGAUGAUGUUCCUCAACGGAAAGAACAACACCUACUUCGCCGGUGCUUGGACGAUUCUCAACAUGCACGAACUUGCUGUGACAUCUGGCUUCUCAGCUGCAUACCGUCUCGGAGCCAAAUAUCCAUUCUCCGGGGACGAGGGAUGCGAGCGACUAUUCAAGUUGUACCUCGCGGCGAGCCACGGUGUGAGAGCGGUGAGUCACACGACGAGAACUGUGGGCUAAAGAAAGCGCGCUGAGGACCGCAAGGGUCUGUUUGUGUGAUCGGAUGUAGCCAUAGUCGUAUCUGUAGAGACUCUCCCCUAGUUGGAUCCACUAAUGUAUGUAGCGGAGAUCGCCGUC